AGAAGCGGGGAGAAGGAGAGACGCGGAGAGAGAGAAGUGGAGAGAAAGAUAGAUAGAGAAAGAAGAUAUCUUAUUUUUAGCGCAGCACCGCUUUGCACAUCGCAAAAACCGGUUUCACAGAGUUCCACUCAAUCCACGGAGUACGAAGGAAACCGAUAGCUUUCGCCAAGGGUUUUCGAGGGAGGAGAAAUACGUAUGCCAAUAACAAAAACACGUGUACGUUUGUCUCUGUCAUAGAGAAUAUAGUGGAAAAAGAAAGAGAAAUAUAUGCUCGUUAGGCGCUUUGAGGUGAAAAUUCCUUUUGACGCAUUCCCUAAAGCAUGAUCGAAGACAUAUGACAAGUCCAGAAAUUACAGACGGAACAAAAAUGAAAUAAAGGAUAAAAGAUUAGAUAAAAAGUUCAUUGUGAUAUCUAAAUCAAGGCUUUGCGAAAUACGUGUGUGCGUGUAUGUGUGUGUGUGUGUACGCGCGUGUGUCGUGUAUGGAAAUAAAGAGGAAGACACGAGGGAAACACAACACGGAACGUGGAAUUCGUUUAACUCAAUACGCGCGCGAUUCUCGUCGCACCCCCGCCCGCACCCCUUACUCGCCCUCGAGCUUCCCGCCGGCCGCUUCAACUAUAACCACCUCCGCCACCUCCUUCUCGUUCUCGGGCCACCGGCUUAUCGAUUGCGUGCGUACGCGACAACGCGGUCGACACGAAAUUCGAUUAUCGACCGUGUCGACGACGACGACGACGAGGACAACGACAACGACAACGCAUCUCGUGAUUUCGGGACUGAAGAAGCUACCUGACACUGGCUGGUACCUAUCAGGAUCGUUGAAUUUACAGUCGAAGAUCGCGUGACAAACAGGUCCACAAAAAAUUCCAACGAUGCUUGAUUGAGGGACCGAAAGCUGUAUCGUUAUCAACGAAUCAGUUGGAGCGAUCUUUAAGGAAAUAUCAGGAAAAACUGAUGAUAAGCCUAUAUAAUUGUACUCUAGUCUGUAAUUUUUAAUGAAAAUCGAAUUGAAAACAGAACUUAGCGAAACGAGAUAUUUUAUUUCUCAACGAUGAACAUUAAAUGGGAAAAUCGGUACUCGCUGAUAGUAUCGAAUCGUGCCGAUGCUCGGAGUGCUUAAUUUCCGAUCAGAUUGUACAUUUGUACAAUAUAUCGAUAAUAUCGGUAUAAUAAUGGAAUUUAAAUCUAUCUGUAAUAAAUUGAUGUUUUCAAGUUGAGUCGAUCUCCGAAUUAUCCAUUGCUUCACGCGCAAUCUCCGUAAAUCGCAUACGACGAUUGUUGACCGAAGUUCAUCGUUCAUCGACAUAAUUCCGCAUCUGCAUCCGUGACAACGCAUAGGGAAGACUUUCGUCGUAGACUCCAAUUCCACGUUAUCGGCAUUCGACGUAAAGCCGAGAGGACGUUCGCGAAGAAUAACGAACGGCAUGAAGAAUGGCAACCAAUUCUUCGAGCACUCGUCGGGGCGUGAGGGCGGUCGCCACGACGACUACCGAUCCGCAACGGAGCGAGAAGCGCGCCGUCGCGGCGCGGGGUGCCGCCGGCGCUCUGGCCCUGAGCGUCGUGGCUUUGGUCGUGCAAUCGGCGGCCACCGCGACACCCACCUGGGGAUACUUCACCAAUCCUGACGCUGGUACUGCCGCGGAGAAGGGUUACUUCGGACCAUGGAGACAAUGUAAACUCCUUCUUUAUGGACGUGAGUGGUGCGGCCAAAGCGUCUCCAGGUUUCAACCAGUGUUGGCUGUGUGGGUAGCGGGAUUAGCUGCCGCUGCCGCCUCUGCUCUUUUAGCGAUUCUGGUAGCUUUGGCUGUACUUCAAUUAGCGAUGGCCUCUUCCGCGAAGCGGGUUGUAAUUUCGUAUAGCACUGCUCUAAUAGGCAAAGUUGCCCUCGCUACAUUGGCAACGGCAUUGUCGAUUGUGGCGGCGAUUCUUUUUGCUCUGCAAACGGAUGAUCGAGCCAAUAGCUUCGUUAUCACAAGAGGAGAAGCUUUUUAUAUGCAGUUGGUUGCCAUCGCCUUGAACUUUGGCGUACUGGUCUCCGCCGUUUACGAGGGCAUUUACGCCCGAAGAGGUGGCGACCCGACCAAGAUUAGGGUCGUCACGGAUCCCCGUGGAGCCACUAUAAAUAAUCCAGGAUAUCGAGAAUAUCACCAACCCACGAACGGUGGUUCGAUCUCGAUGACAGACGCCAGCGGCAAGCCGUACGUCGGCGGGGCCGGAAACGGAUCGACGGCAUCGGUAGCGACUUCCGGUAGCGUGGCCAGCACGGCCUCGCCCCUUAGGAGUUCCCUGAAGAAGCCGAAACCCCUCGGCAUUCACAAUCCUGGCUUCUCGGCGCACAGUCCGACCCUCUCGAGGAACGGCUCGCAGAAGAAAGUGCGUAUACAGACGCAUUCUACGGAAGUUUAGCCGACGCUUUUCUUAAGCGUUGAGAGAGUUCGCGCUACGUGAUUGCGGCACCGUCGUCGUUUAAGGCGGGACAGGAAAUCGAAUGCGGCGAUGACGAGACAUCUACUCGAAGUAGUUCCACGUGUGCAUGUUCCAUUAACGGUAGGUGGUCUCCAAUAUUAUACUAACGAUUGAUCCGGGCGAAGGCGCGAUCAAGAGGCGCGAAAAGGCGUCUUUGUUUUGUGCCGAACGAGACCCGUGAUCGCGAACGAUCUUUGCCGUUCUACUCUAGCCGAUGAUACGAAAGUUCCCGCCAUCAACGACGUGAUUUCGAUAAUGGGACUUUUAAUGAGUUCCAAAGGCGUGAACCACAAGAACCACGUUCGCGAGUUUGGCAUAUAUCGUUACGACAAAAGAAUGUAAAUAAGCUUACGUUACGAUCGAUAAUCGUCGGAACUCUUCGAAGCUACCUGAGUUAAAUAUCAAACAAAUUCAGAUCAAACGCGCGAUUAAGAGCGACUACUUGUUGUUGAAUAUAUUAGGUUUUUCCAAUUUUUCUACAAUAUCUUUACAUGAUAUGCAUUCGUAAGUGGUUUAAUAGAAUGCAAAUGAACUAUAAAAGGUAUUGGCGAGAGAGAGAGAGAGAGAGAAUAGGAUGAAUUAAAAUAGAGAAACAUAUCAUACAUAUGUUGAAGAAAAAAAAAGCUGCAAUUGUUAUAACUAUGAUAAAUCAUUAUAAUGUGGCGCAAAAUAUAAAAUAUUAAGAAUUACGUAACAUAAAAUGUAACGUGUGUUUGUUGUGUGUG